AUGACGGGCCGCCGGCCCAGCCAACUGUGGGCCGAUUCGUGGGUGAGAUUAGCCCCGCCCCCUGCUCCUGGAUCAUCCCGCGCUCUGUGCUCUGCUACGCGGCCUGUGCUGGAGCUUCACCCUGCUGUCAGAACCGUCACCCCCGAGGAGCCGAGCAGGACCAGAGACCCCCCUCCCCACAUCCAGGCACUAGCACGGGUAGCAAGCACAGCCAUGUCCGGGGAAGAUGAGCCCAUGAGCGCAGAGGAGCAGCAGGAAGCUCACGAUAAAGUGGUGAGCCCAGAGAAGGCAGAGGAGGCCAAGCUGAAAGCCAGGUAUCCUAACCUUGGAGCCAAGCCUGGGGGCUCGGAUCUUCUCCGGAAACGACUCCAAAAGGGGCCAAAGUAUUUCGACUCUGGUGACUACAACAUGGCCAAGGCGAAGAUGAAGAACAAGCAGUUGCCAUUGGCCCCAGUGGAGAAGUCUGAGAUCACUGGAGGGCACAUCCCCACGCCUCAGGACCUGCCCCAGAGAAAGACUUCUAUUGUCGCGAGCAAACUGGCUGGGUGA